AUGGCAGACCUAAGCAUACCCGUACCGCUACCCAUCACAGCCCUCGCCUCAUCCUCCUCGCCCUCGCCGCUGCUCGUAGCAGCCUCGGGCCCCUCCCUACUCAUUCACACCGGCUCAUCAACGCACAAUCUCGCCUCCACAUCCACCGCUGGCGUAUCUCACAAUGCAGGGGACCAGCUCAUCCCCCUCGUCCGGCACAUCGCCAUCUCCCCUCUCGGAGACUAUAUCGCCACUGUGUCAGAUGACAAGCUGUUGCGCGUCUACUCGGUCGCUACGGGCGGAGCACCCACCCUCCUGUCUUCACGGCCAGUGAGCAAGAAGUGCUCCGACCUGUCCUUCUCCCUCUCUUCGGCUGGAGCCGAGCCGGACAUCGUCCUCAGCGACAAAGUGGGAGAUGUGUAUCUCUACCCGCUCACUCCUCGGCCAGUCAGCGGGGACCGUCCUGCUCCGCUCGCACUCAACUCCGAUCCCACCCUCAAUCCCGAUGCGGAUCUCCUCCUCGGCCACGUAUCGGUCCUCACCGCCGCCGUCCUCUCAUGUGACGGCAAUAGUAUCAUCACGUCGGACAGGGAUGAGCAUAUCCGCGUCUCCCGCUUCCCCAAAUCAUACAUAAUCGAGCGGUACCUCUUCGGAACGGACGGAUUCAUUUCGGCCUUGCACGUACCCGAGGGAUCACCGUCGACGCUGAUCUCGGCGGGCGGAGAGCAGUGGAUGCGGAUAUGGAAUUGGGAGACGGGAGAGGCGUUGGGCAAGGUGGAUAUCUACCCGGCGGUAUUGCCACAUCGGAGAGCGAGGAGUAAUCUUCGCAGAGUCAAGCGGAAGAGGAACGCGGCACAGGCGGAGGCGGAAGCUGGGGGCGAGCCGGGAUCGAGCGGACAGGCGGAGGCACCAGAGUCCGAUCUGGCGGCGGGAUCAUUCUAUGCUGCUCCCGAGGGGUACGCCCUGCCAUCCGGUCAAGGCGUGUGUAUCAAGAAGAUCCGGACGGUCAAUGUCGGAGAGCAAACCUUGGUCCUGUUCUUUUCCGAGGGCGCCGCCGCUAUUCACUCCUUCGCACUACCCCUCGACCCCACCUCACCCCCACCCACAAUAUCCACCCUCCCCCUCGACUUCCCUUUACUCGACUUCACCAUCCUCCCUUCCACCUCUUCUUCCAACACCCAAGUCGUCAUCUCCCUCGAUUCAACCUGGGGCAUUCUCAAACAAAACCCUCCCGCCGGAUCCCAAUCCUCCGCCUUCGUCCCGCCUUCCAUCACAUCGGAGUGUCAAGCAAAGAUGGCCACUGUACUUGUCAUCGCCGAGAUAUCAGCCGAGGGUUUGACGCUCGUUCCUGAGCAUCCGGUCCUCACUUCCUUCCAGUCCGAGUACGCCUCGGCCCCGGCGUCGGAGGUAUCAAAGCUUCAGCUGUAUCCGCUUCUACCGCUCCUGCCACGCUGGGCGGGGAUGGAGGAGGAUGAUGAACUUGCUGGACCGUCUACGGAGCCUGUGGACGGUGGGAAGGGCAAGAAGGGGCAAGGGAAGGGCAAGGGGAAGGGAAAGCAGAAGGUGUACACCCGGGAAGAAUUGGAGGGCAUGAGUAACAAAAUGUUGGGGAGAUUGAAGAGCCAAGGUGUGGAUGUGGAGGAGUGGUUCAAGAGGAGGCAGAGGAGACCGAAGGGUGGUGCAGGAGUGAAGAAGCGGAAGGUGGGCGCUGAAGCUUUGGGGGAUGCGGGAGAGGGGGAGCAGGAGGUGGAGGGAGAGGACGAGGACAUCGAGGCGCAGAUGAAUCAAGCAUAA